ACACUUCUGCUUCACGUUAUUCCUUCUCUGUCCAACAUGAGGACCUCAAGGAUACUGCUUGGCUUCUUCAAUGGUAAUAUCAGCUUUUUAAAGAUAUUACAUUAAAAUUUAAACCCAGAAGGAGUGUUUAACUGGUAUCAUAAUGUUGUUUCAUCUUGCAGCUCCAGUUCUCUGUCUCCUCUGGCUCACAAAGCAUGCAGUGGACUCAGCUGAGUUGACAGCUCCAGGGGAGGUAACAGGACGAUACGGAGGAUCUGUGACCGUCUCAUGUCAGUACGACCGAAAGCUCAGAAACUACACAAAAUACUGGUGCAAAGGGCAGGUGUAUGAGCGGUGUAGUAUUGUAGUGAAGACACCCAGGAGCAGAGACAGUGACCGAAUCUCCAUCCAGGAUGAUAAAAAGGCUGGAGUCUUCAAUGUAACCAUGACCUCUCUCAGUCAGAGUGACGAGGACAUGUACUGGUGUGUCAUCGCAAGGUUUGGAAGGAACCCCCACGUUGGUGUCCGACUCAAACUGACCAACACAGGUACGAGUCAUCAAAUGUUAAGGUGAUUCUGAUUUGAUUGCAAAAGCUUGCAUAGCUUCUUAUUUGUGAUUUUAAGAAAACUACACGACGAAUGCAAUAAAAACAACCGUGUUACCUUCAAUUUUUGAGAUCUGUUAUGGCAAACAGGCAGAUUCUGCUGUCAUGUUUAACUUCUGUGAUAAUGGGUUUGCAACACAACAUGGUUCUAGUGUUUGUCCACAAUUUUCAGGUCAAAACUGUCUGAUUUAUCAGAAUAAAUAAUUGAAUGUUUUUGUUCUUUUCCACAGUAUUGAUGACCACUACUUCCACCCCUCUGAUUCUAUAUGAAGAAGCAAGGUGAGGAUUUAUAUCCUUAAUAUUGUCUGCUAUAAAUCUUAAUGAAAACAUGGACUAAAUGGUUCUAAUCUCAUUUAUGCUUUUUGUUUCAACCAGUUGGUGGAUGACUCUGCGCUGGAUCCUUAUUAUUUUAAUGCUGUCUUGUGUUUCAGCCACACAUAUCUUUACAUGGAGGAUAAAAACUGCAAGAAAAACAUGGCCAGGGCAACAAUUAUGUUAUCAAAACUCACAAAACAUUGAGUGAUUCAAAAGCAAAGUCAAAAUAAGCAUUCCUUUAUUGUAUAAAGUAUUUUUUAUGAAUUAAACUGAAAAAUAAGCAGAGAAAUGUUAUUUUCAUGUAUUAGUCUCGGUAUUUAAGUUGAUAAAUCUAAUGUCAGUUCCUUGGCCUGCAGACAAGUAUAUGUCAAAAUUCAAGCAAAAGCCUGUUUUAUUCAAAGCUAAAUUAGAUUCAAACUCUGCACAAAGCUUUAUAUUCUCCAGAAAGGACUGCGGUGAUUUGUGAUUCUUGUCAAGCAAAUUUUAUUACCAAGCUGAUCAUAUCUUCAAGAAGUUACACAAGUGUAUCUGCUGGCUUUAAUCUUCAGCGGAGGAGAUAUAUUAACUGUGUUUUAGCCACUACUUUUCAAUUCAAUGCAGAGACCCUGAAUUAAGUCGUACUUUUAUGAAGCAUAAAAUGUUUAAUUUAUAUGUGUCAGAAGGAGAUAGCCUAGACUGCACUAGCGUAUCAAUGGGCAGUUUCUCUUAUUCUCUCAACCUCUUAUAAUAAAAUACUCAGACGACUUAUUUGA